UUGAUUGACAGAUUCUCGGACCAAUCACUGCUUGCUAACGCCGUCUGGUCCCAAAAUGGCAAAAUCAGGCGAUAUCCGUACAGCAGAAAAACGGUGACUGAAUUGACUCCAUUUCGUUGGAACCCGAGGGGAGUGUGGAGCGAAAACAAGCCUCCAGCUGCUUGAGUCUGUCCCCGAGCGGCUGCAGGAGCCAGAUGCUGAACUGAAGCUGCGAGCACUGCAAGGUUACACUCCUGAAAAUGACCCAGUCGGUUCAAGUUAACCCAAAGAUGCCUGAUUUAGGCUCCAAGUUCCUUUACUCCAAUCAAGAAGAAGCUGACCAGUCUGGCUCCUAUUCUGUUCAGACUCCAUAUGGUUUCCAGCUUGACCUGGACUUUCUCAAAUACGUAGAGGAAAUAGAAAGUGGGCAUAACCUGCGCCGGGCUCCUGUCAGUUCCCGGCGUCCUGGACGUGGGAUUAAACUUUCACAGAGGAGUGCGAGUGUUGGGGGGCGCACCAGUGGAUGGACAUCCACAGAAUCGCUCGCAUCCCCUGCUAGUGAAGAUGGCAGAGCUCCUCCCCCUCCACCGCCACGUAACCGCCUCGGCUCAGCACCAUGUGAGGUGCUCUCGCUGUCCCCCGCAACUCUUGCCAGCUUCCCUUCCAUUUCUGCCAAAGUACCGCCGCCUCCGCCACAACGCAACCCAAGAGUUGAGCGAACUCUCCUGGAAACCAGCCGGCGGCUCCAGCAGGAGCAGACUCACCAACACCAGAAUGGCGGUCGCCUCCAGCUCGCAGAACCUCCCAAACAGCUCACAGCUUCUCCAUCUACGCUGGUGGUUCAGAGCAGCUGGACCAAACCCAGUCCUCAGACCUCUGGCCGCAGCACUCCUGCUGCCGGGACGACGGUGACCCCAGUCCCGCCUAGCCAACUGCAGACAGUCAGAGAGCAGAUGGCCAUUGCUCUGAAGCAGCUGAAAGAGAUGGAGGAAAGGGUAAAAGGCGUUCCUGCGCUGGAGAAAGAGGUCGCUCAUCUCCGUGCAGAGAAAGACAUGCUUCUGCUAGCACUAGAGGAAAAGAAAGCAGCUCCAGAGUUCAUCCAGCAGAAGCGACCGUCUGCAGAGUCCUCCACUCAAACCACAGAGACCCUGCAAGUGGACCUCAGUCAACCGACCUCACCAACCACAGCUGCACACAAAAGGUUUUCAAAACCCAGUGAGCUCAAACGGUUGACAGAGAAGUUUGAGGUAAAGGAGCAGAAAUCUCCCCAGAUGUUUUCCAAGUUAAACACCCCAGAAAAAGCAGUUGUUCAAAAGAAAUCGGUGGCUGUUGGGGACACCGUACCAAUGUCUUCUAUUGUUUUCUACUACAGCCAUAAUGUAAAAGAUGCAGCGGUGGGCACUGAGGUGAAUGUGAAUGAGAAAUGCACAGGAACUGAUGCACCUUUGGUUCAGGAGCAGGAGAUACAAGCCCAAGUAAAAACAGAAGAGGCGGAGGUUUGGGUCGAGGAAUCACUACUCGGGUUGAGCACCGAUGCACAGCGGGAGAUUGACGCUCUACAAGACACUGUUAAACUCCAACAGGAGUCCAUCGCAGCUCUUGAAGAUCGCUUGACUGCAGCCAACAAAGACCUGGGAGUUCUCAGAGCGCAAAUUAUUGAAAAAACCUCCAAAGUCACGUUUGAGAAAGGAGUUCUCGCCAAACCAGACGUGAGAAACGUCCAGCUGGAGACGUUGACGCCUGCGUUAAAGGAUGCUGCGGUUCUGUGUCGGCCAGACGUGACGGAUACAUGUGUAGGAAAAGAGACGGAUCAGAGUGAACAGGGCAUCCAGACUGACGCAGUGACGGCUCCAGAGCCAACUCCUGUUGAACAGGUCAGCAUCGGGUGCCAGUGGGAGAACUUGGCUGAAGAAAACGCAGAGGAGCCGAAAGUUACAAAGAAGAGACAACUGACCAUCCAUGAAUACAAAGUCUCAGCUGAAGAAGAGGUCGUAGGUGUUGAGAGAAAAGAGGAAGGUUCCAGUGAAGAAACUUCUGCCUCCGAGAAUAAGACAGGGAUGCUGAAGUCGAUCAUGAAGAGGAAGGAUGGAAGCACGUCCAGCGACAGCAACUCUGCUGGCAAGAAGAGCCUGCAGUUUGUUGGUAUCCUAAAUGGAGGGUAUGAAUCUACUUCCAGUGAGGAAGAAGAGGAGGAGGAAGAGGAGGAAGAUGGGAGCUCUUCUGGAGAAAGUGGAGAGGGCGAGAUAUUGGAUAGCACAGAGGAGGACGAGGCACCUCUGGAGGAAGAAACGUCCGAAGAGGAGAGAAACGUCAACUUGGAUGAAAGUGACACAGAUGAAGAAACGCUGCAAACAGCAAAUUAUUCCCCCGAUGCUGUGAAAGAAAAGUUUGAGUUCAGCUCAAAAAUGCGAGAAGCCUGCCUCAUUCUGAAGAACCAUUUGAACGAUGACGUCAAAACACUGAAGAGUAAGGAAGUGCUGUCCAGCACUCACACUGUCCAGCUGGAGUGGUUCAGAAUCUCCAGCGCAAAGACGGCGCAGCCGCCGCGCGUGUCCGACUACCUGAUGGCGUUCUCAGAAGUGUCGUCGGCUCUGCUGGAGCAUGUGGUCAACAUGACCGAUGGCAACGGGAACACAGCUCUGCAUUACAGCGUCUCACACUCCAACUUUCACGUCGUGCGAUUGCUGCUGGACACAGGUGUGUGCUGCGUGGAUAAGCAGAACAAGGCGGGCUACACCGCCAUCAUGCUGGCUGCGCUCUCAACUGUGAAGGAGGAGGAGGACAUGGCGGUAGUCAAGAAGCUCUUCAGCCAAGGCAACGUCAACGCCAAAGCUAGUCAGGCGGGCCAGACGGCGCUGAUGUUAGCGGUGAGCCACGGUCGUCAGGAGAUGGUGCGAGCUUUACUGGAGUGUGGCGCCGAUGUCAACGUGCAAGACGACGAGGGAUCCACGGCUCUGAUGUGUGCCAGCGAGCACGGCCGUGCUGAAAUAGUCAAAUUACUCCUGGAGCAACCUGGAUGUGACAUCUCCAUCGUGGACAACGAUGGCAGCAAUGCUCUGUCCAUUGCUUUGGAGGCGGCUCACAACGACACGGCUGUGCUCCUUUAUGCCCAUAUGAACUACGCCAAGGCCCAGGCUGUCGCGGGGAGUCCAAAGACUCAGGCGAGGAGCCCAACCAGCCCCCACAAGUCCUGGCCUGCAGAAUAACCCCCCAAUGUGCUGCUGUCUGAGGCAGACAACAGCUGAUUUAACUGGAUCUGGGCUGAUAAAAGCUUCACUGGAACUUCUAGAAGCACAUAUGUAUUUAUAUAUUGUCAUAUGUUCUGCAUUUAUAGCCAUUGUUAAUAUGAGAAUCUUAUUUUUCCAUAAAGUUUUGAUAUUAUAUCCCUUAGUUUUAAGAUUUUAUGAGAAGUAUCUAAGUGUAUUGUUUGCACACAUAUAACAUUUAGGUGUUAAUGGGGAGAAUAUAAAGAUUUAUUGGACUAUAAUCAUUUAUUUGGCUGCUGAAAUGAGUCAGUAAUGCAGAAAAAAAAACGAAAAAAAACGUCACUUUCCUCAGUACUGGCUUAAGCCACGUAAAAAAUGACGCAAUGAAUUUAAUACGAACUGAAAUAGAAAACUUGGUUAACAGCGUGUACUGCUGCUCACUUUGAAACCAAUUAGGGACCAAAUAUCCAUUUUUUGAUGUUAUCCUUAUUUGUUAUGCUUUAAACCUUUGAGCAAAAAAUGCUUUACUCUCUUUGUUGUAGGUAUGAACAUGUUAUUCUAAACGCUGUUACAUCAACUAAUCUGACUUAUUUAAACCCCUUCAAGUCAUGCUGUAUUUGUGUAGAAAUACAUUUAAUUUCUGUAAAUGUGAUCAUUUACAUCAAAAGCAGUAAAUGUCAUAAUACUCACUUCUUUGAUGUUUCAUGUGAAAAACAUAAACUUGUUUUCUUUUUUCAUAUUUAAAAGGUUCAAAUAAAUGAAUUAUAUCCCUAAAUAGAAUUUAAAUAUCUGUUUCCAAAUUUUAAUGUUCAUUUUUUUUUAUCUUUAUCCUCUGACAUUGUUAUGUAAUAUUCCAUUUAACAUUUCCUCUUUGCCUCUUGACAGAAGAUCCAAAUGUAAUGGAUGCAUCAUUUAUGAAUGAAUUGUAAAGAUAUAAGAUGAGAUUUAAUCAAAGCAAGAGGAAAACACAUUUUUUGUCCUUUUAUGCUCAGUUAUGUGUUCAGUAUUAUUAAAUUUAAAGUUUGACUCUUCAAAAAACUAGGCAAGUCCAAUAACGGGAAUUGCUUUUGUUUUUUCCAGUUAUACUGUUUGUAGUUUUUAGCCUCCAUAGGUCAAAUGCUAAAGUUUAGGAUCUGAUAGACCUUAUUGAGUUCUUUUAACUUCUCAGACUGCAUCAGAAUGAGUUUGUGUACAAAACUAGACCCGAUAAAGAGCAAAGACGCCCAAAAAUUGAUCAUUUUGGGAAAAUAUUAAAAUAUUGGAGGGAAAAAAUGUGUUCCUACCCAAUUCUGUUGCAUAUGAAUAAUGCAUUUAUUUAUGUUCAAGAGUUUAUAAAAAAGUUAAAUAAAGUUGUGGCUAAACACAAAAACACACACAA